AUGGAUUCAAAUCCACUUAAUAGUACUAUCCCUUUCCUAGUCAAUGUAAGGUCCUCCAAUGAAAAUCAAAACUCUCCAAUCUCAUCUCAUGAAACAAAAAUAGAGUUUGAUUUCUUUAAGGACAACAACAAUGACCAUCAUCAAGUUGUCUCUGCCUCUGUCCCUGACAAUGAUCAUAUUCAUACUGAUACAUCAUCUUUGUUGGAACUCAAGCUGAGUCUUGGUCCCAAUCCUGUUACUACCAAUACUAGUAGUGAUCAAUCUAUGAUGGAUGAUGGCAUGUCACCUAAUUCAGAAGACAAGAGAACUAAGAGGGAGUUGGCUAUUCUUCAAGGCGAGCUUAAACAAACAAAAAUGGAGAACUGUAGAUUAAAAUUGAUGUAUGAUCAGCUUAAAACAGAUUACAAUAACAUGCGGAUGCAUAACAAGAAAGUGAUGCAAGACCGUAAGGUAAAGGAAGUUAAAGGAAAAGAAGCCAUUGAUGGAAAAUUUAAAGAGAAAAAAAGAAUUGAGAAUGGUGGACUAUUGGAGCCAAGGAAAUUUAUGGAUCUUGGAUCGACUACUAAUAAGGUUAAGGAAGUUAAAGGACAAGAUGUUUCUGAUGGAAAAUUUGGUGAGAAAAAGAGAAUGAAGAAUGGUGGAGAAUUAGUGAAAAGGAAAUUUGUUGAUGCUGGGUUGGCUACUAAUAAGGUUAAAGAAGUGUUUAAUGGUAAAUUUGAAAAGAAAACGAGAAUUGAAAAUGGUGGAGAGUUGGUGCAAAGGCAAUGUAGGGAUCUUGUGUUGAUUAAUAAUGUUGAGACUGCGAUGGAUCAUGAAGCUUCUUCCUCAUCAAUGAGAAAACCUAGAAGUAAGGAUCAGUUAGGAUCGACGUUAAAAAGCAUCGAGGAGGCUUCGAAGGAGUUAGUCCUAAGUAAGAAUGAGGAUGUUAAUGUUGAUAAUGCCGAGGCUACAUCGACAAAAGCAAGAGUUACUAUUAGAGCUAGAUCACAAGAAACCAUGAUCACUGAUGGAUGUCACUGGAGAAAGUAUGGACAGAAACUGACGAAAAGAAACCCAUGUCCUAAAGCGUAUUAUCGUUGCAGCAUGGCUUGUGGUUGCCCAGUUCGAAAACAGGUACAAAGGUGUGAUCUUGAUAGAACAGUUGUCAUCACAACAUAUGAAGGAAAUCACAACCACCCUUUACCUGCAACAGCCAAAGAAAUGGCAAAAACAACUUCAGCAGCUGCAAAGAUGCUUCUUUCAACAUCAACAUCAAGCAAUGAUGGACAACUGAAUGCCAAUUUACUCAAAAGAACGCCCCUUCCUUGUUCUUCAAGUAUUGCAACUAUCUCAGCUUCUGCACCAUUUCCAACCAUUACACUUGAUUAUACUCAAUCUUCGAAUACUCCACAAAGGAACCCAAAUCAAUUUCAAACUCCUUUAACUUGUCAAAAUUUUUCAAAUUCCUCAUCUUCUCUGGUCUCUCAAACACCUAAUCAGAACCAAUCAAAAUUUUCUGGACUACCAAUGUCAAAAGUUGCAGCUGUCCCUUCAAAACUAUUGGCAGUACCACAUAUUGCUCAGGCAGUUAAUGCUGCCAUUGCUGCUAAUCCAAAUUUUCCUGCAACUUUGUCAGCUACUCUUACUUCCAAGAUUGGUGAUACUCAGCCAAACAACACCGUUGUUGCAGCUGAUAAUAAUAAUGGGAACAAUGUCACAAAGGUAAUAACAAUGGAAAUACCACAGGUAGCACCAACAAUGAUGGGAAGGAAUAAAAUCAGGAAUAUCAAUUACAAGACCUAA